UUUAUGUAUUAUAUGUGUUUUUCUCUUCUUUCAGGGGAACCAAAGAAUAGAAUAUGGAAAAUUACAACCAAACAUUAACUGAUUUCCUUUUAUUGGGGUUAUUUCCACCAUCAAGUAUUGGCCUCUUUCUUUUCAUUCUCAUUGCACUUAUUUUCUUAAUGGCUCUUUUUGGCAAUCUGUCCAUGAUCAUCCUUAUCCUCUUGGAUACCCAUCUCCACACACCCAUGUAUUUUCUACUUAGUCAGCUCUCCCUCAUGGACCUGAACUACAUUUCCACCAUUGUCCCCAAGAUGGCUUCCAAUUAUCUCUUUGGAAACAAGUCUAUCUCACUUAUUGGAUGUGGGGUUCAGAGCUUUUUGUUCUUGACUUUAGCAGUUGCAGAAGCACUACUCUUGACAUCUAUGGCCUAUGAUCGUUAUGUGGCUAUUUGUUUUCCUCUUCACUAUUCCAUUCACAUGAACAAAAAAGUGUGUGUGCUAAUGAUAAUGGGAUCAUGGACAAUAGGGUCUAUCAACUCCUGUGCCCACACUGUAUAUGCCCUCCACAUCCCUUAUUGCCAAUCCAGAGCCAUCAACCAUUUCUUCUGUGAUGUCCCUGCCAUGUUGACUCUUGCCUGCAUGGACACCUGGGUCUAUGAGUAUACAGUCUUUGUAAGCACCACACUCUUGAUUGUGUUUCCUUUCAUUGGCAUUGCAUGUUCCUAUGGCCACGUUCUCUUUGCCAUCUGCCACAUGCAGUCAACAGAGGGAAGGAAGAAGGCCUAUUCAACCUGCAGCACCCACCUCACUGUGGUGACUUUCUACUAUGCACCCUUUGCUUACACUUAUCUACGCCCAAGAUCCCUCCGAUCUCCAACAGAGGACAAGGCUCUGGCUGUCUUCUACACCAUCCUGACCCCAAUGCUCAACCCCAUCAUCUACAGCCUGAGAAACAAAGAGGUGAUAGAGGCCCUGAGAAGAGUGAUUCAGAAGCUGUGCUCUGUAAAAAUGUAGAGGAAGUUCUCAUUAGUCCCGCAGCCUCAGAAGUAGA